AUGGAGAAUGAUCUCUCUCUGAAACAGGGAAUGUAUGGGCUUCCAUUUGUUUCCCCACAUAAUAUCUUGGUGACUACCAUUAAUGGUAUUGGUGCAGUUAUAGAAGGAAUAUAUGUGGUGAUUUUCAUGAUAUACGCACCAAAGAAGGACAAAUUGAAGUUGAUGGUGUUACUCGCUGUGGCUCUCAUCACAUUCGCAUCCGUCUCCAUGGUUUCUUUACUCGUAAUCCAUGAACAUGACACCAGGUUGUUUUUCUGUGGUCUUGCUGCUACCAUCUUCUCUAUCAACAUGUAUGCCUCACCGUUGUCUGUCAUGAAACUGGUAAUUCCAACCAAGAGUGUAGAGUACAUGCCCUUCUUAUUAUCACUGUUCGUGUUUCUUUGCGGCACAUUCUGGUUCGUUUAUGGUCUUCUCGGUGGAGAUCCUUUCAUUACUGUUCCAAAUGGUUUUGGAUGUGGUUUAGGGGCAUUGCAGUUGAUAUUAUACGCCAUGUACAGAAAUCCAAGAGGCAAAGCUGUUGUUGCUGAUGAUGGAGCCAGUGUGAUGCCUCCUCCUCCUGCUCCUUGUAGUAGUAAUGAAGAAGAUGAUGAUUUUAUUGAGAUGGGUUUCGAGAAACCUCUUCAAAAGACUGCUGCUAUUACGACUGCUGCUAUAUGCGGCAUCGACGAUACUCGAAUCGAUAUUGUGUAGGUUCUGUGUCUUGAUUAUUCAUUUUGAUUGUGAAGAAUGAAGAGUGGUGGGACACCGAGGGUCUUCACUGAUUUAGUGGCUUCAGUACGGUACAUAAGCAGAAGUAGCUAGCAAGCAUAUACUCGUUGUGGUUUAGUUAGUGU